GUCACUGUGACACAGCACUGGCUACAUCUACAUCAGAUGAUAACUAUAUGGGAUACAUUGUAUCAUUUUUAAAUACUUCCUCGUGUACUUGGAUAAAUAGAUAGAUUAGAGUCGUGACGUUACUGAAGUGAUUACGUCUCUAUUGUCUUAUUUUCUUAAACCUAAUCGUAUCACAAAUGUUUGUACGCUUCUACAUUAGAUAGCAAAAGUUUAUUGCAUUGCUAUUGCUGCUACGUUAGCUAGUAAGCUAGUUUCCCUCUUCAGAUUGGUAUCGUUGGACAACGUUUUGUAAGUUGACAUACAGUAAAAUGGACCAGGAAAACACAAGUUUCAGUGUUAAACUGCACAUCUAUGACCUGUCUAAAGGAAUGGCCCGUCAACUCAGUCCAGCGAUGUUGGGAAAACAACUGGACGGGAUAUGGCACACAGCAAUUGUGAUCCACGGAGAGGAGUUUUUCUAUGGAGGACAAGGCAUCGCCAGUUGUCCACCAGGUGGUACAUUUCUGGGUCAGCCUGAUUCUAUUGUGGAUUUAGGAGAGACAGAAGUGACUGAUGAUAUCUUCAUGAACUACCUGACAAGUCUUGGGGAAUCUACUUAUAGCGGAGAGAACUACAAACUGUUUGAGCACAACUGCAACACCUUCAGCAAUGAAGUGGCCCAGUUUCUUACCGGCCGCAAGAUCCCGUCCUACAUCACGGACCUUCCGUCUGAAGUUCUCUCCACGCCCUUUGGUCAAGCACUGCGCCCUCUCCUGGACUCAGUGGCCAUCGCUCCACCCGGGAGCAACCCCAUCAACGGGCACUACGGACAGCGGUAGAGGGCGGGUACGCGGGGGUACGAGGAGAGCGCCCACAGCUCUGAUCCGUCAACAGUGUCCACUCAGCAGAGUGAGUGAUGUCGCUCUCGCCAACCAGCAGCCUGACCAAAACCUGUCCUACACCCUCGAUACUUCUUUUUGUCUUUUUAAAACUUUACCACUGUUUUAAAAUAAAUGAAACUGAUUGUAUUAACUCACUGGGUAGAGUAGAAGUCAUAUUUGCUACUUUUUGACCAGCAGGCUUAAGCCAAACAGUACUGUAACCAUACUGUCGUCUGCCAUGCUGUUAUUGUAAUUCUAUUCACAUUCACGAGGAGAUACUGAAGCUGACCUGUAGGCACUUCUUCAGGACGGGGCCAAAGUGCAACUCUCUGUCUCCACUCACAACUCUCAUUGUUUGUUUAGAUUAAAACACGUCAAUCGUGCAGACCACAUUACUGUGAAAAAGCAGGGGAAAUUUCCCAAAUCCUCUAAAAUGCAUUUGGGAGAUUUUAGUUGUAUCACCUAGAAGUACUAGCAGAUUUAUUAUUUUUAGUAAACUGCUUGAAUGAAACAUUGACAAGCAGCAUUCCCUCACCCUUGCCUUUCCUGUCCAGUGGAGACAUAGCCAAGACCAUGGACCAAGACUGUCCAUUGUGUUUUUUUGUUGAGUUAAAUCAGUGGUUCCCCAUGGGGAUUUAAGCCCCUUUAACCUAGCAAAAUAGUAACGUUACAAUUUUUGCUUUUUGGUUCUACAGUACAUUUCCCGCCCUGGUCCGCUGGAUCAGAUGUUAUUUUAAAUUCAUAUAUUGGUCUGUUUAUGAUGUGUCGUCUCGAUUCCCCAUUAGUAGGGCCUGCCCCACACUUUGAGAACCACUGAUUUAAAGUGACACAGAAAUGCAGGACCAGCCCUUCUCUAUACCUCAGUCUGAGUGUGUCUGGUGUGGUCGCUCCUUGCUGCAACGCAUUUUUGGAAAGAACCAUCAGGUCAGAGCUGUGUAGUCUUCCUCUCUUCUCCACAGCUACUGUCUGUCAACCAUAUCCGAUUCAUUUAGUUUAAUCCGUUCUCAUGUACCUUACCAUUUAUAAUCAUUGUUAUGUGUCUUUUUUGUUCUCUUGUCACCUGUAUCCCAUGUCCCACUCUAAAAGACCGAAAAGAUAGCUGGAAGUUGAAAGUUAACGUAUCAAGAGGAAAGUGAGUGAGUUUUGAGGAUUUUAGGAGAUAUGUAUUAUCAUACAUUUAAUGCCAAGGAAUAUCAGGAAUUUGGUGGUUUCUGUGACAAAGCCAUGCUCUACACUAGCAAACACUGAGGACGCCAAAAACAGGGAGACCAGAAUGGCAGAGUAGUGUUUCUGAACCAUAUUGUUCACAUGAACCAUGUGAACAAUAUGGUCUCAUGAGCUUAUGAGCCAUACAAAUUGAAUCGCUUGUAAUGUCACUGAAAGGGUUGCCAUGCAAUGGAUUUGUUGUAAGAGACAAUAUUAUUAUAUAAGCUCAAUAUAUAUUAAACUUGUCUCCUUUACACCCGCUUACCAAUGUCUUCCAAUAUUAUCAUGAUUUGUUGUUGUGGGUUAUUUCCUGGAUUUAGUAUGUUCUUGCAUUUUAGUUCUCUAUAGAUAAUAUAGAGAAGCACUCCACAGGGACUUUCUACCUGGGAAUUUUAACGGAUGUGGUUAUUGACCAUUAGUUUUACAGAGUGGCAGUAAAGUUAGAAAAGAAAAAUUGUUCGGAGACAGACAUUCUUUAUGGUGGACAAGAGCCAUGCGGUCUAACUCGAAUUACUUAAAAUUGGAUCAAUGUCGGCAACAUUAUUGCCUUAUGUAAGCUCAAUUUACAAACUUAGCAUGUACAAAUGAGAUUAAUUCGUUUUAAAUUCAAAAUGACUAUUUAAUAUAUUUACAUUUAUGUUUAAGGAUUUAAUCUGUUCAUCCUGUGUCACAUUGAAUGCGCCACUAUAACAUGCCAUAAUAUGUUGCAUACUUCAUGAACAGCGGUUUAAUUUUCAUGCUGUGUGGUUAUAGUUAAAAUUUAUUGUAAUUUAUUUAAGGAAGGAUUAAUGUUUUUUUUCCACCUGACUUUACUUAAACUUGACUUUCUGAAUGUUUAAACUUUGUAAUACAGAAGUGUAUUAUUAUUAUAUUAUGAAAUUCUAUUAUCAGUAUCUAUCUCAUAUUUGACUACAUUUCUAUCUCAGACAGUGAUAACCUUGAUACCUUACCUCUUCCUUUGAUGUUGCCGUGAAGAGUGCCUCUGUUUUCAUUUUUAAACAAACCGUUUUACUAAUGUUGGGUUAUGUCUAUUUAUCCCUCCACUACUGAUACUGAAAAUAAAUACUCCAAGCCAAA